UAAAAAACUAAAUCAGGAUGGUUUGCAAGGGAAUAAGGAAUUUCAAGUUGAAAUCUCGAUGCUUUCACUUGUAUGCCACCCAAACAUUGUUACUUUGAUUGGAUACUGCUCUGAAAGUGAUAAACAACUUAUUGUCUAUGAAUUCAUGCCCUUGGGGUCCCUAGAACAACACCUACAUGAUCCUAAACCGCAUAUGAAGCCACUCGAUUGGAAUACACGAAUGAAGAUAGCAGUAGGUACAGCCAGAGGGCUUGAUUACUUGCACAAUCAUUGUGAACCUAGCAUCAUCUACAGGGACAUGAAAUCAGCCAAUAUCUUAUUGGGGGAAGGGUACCACCCAAAGAUUUCUGACCUGGGUUUGGCUAAAUUCGGGCCAUUAGGAGAUAAGUUGUACGUCUCAACCAGAGUAAUGGGCACAGUGGGCUAUUGUGCACCCGAGUAUGGGUUCACGGGUCACUUGACCAUAAAAUCUGAUACAUACAGUUUUGGGGUGGUUCUUUUGGAGCUAGUAACGGGUCGACAAGCAGUUGACAAAACAAAGGAAGGAGGGCAGUAUCUCAUCGAAUGGGCGCAACCAAUGCUGAUAGAUAAAAAAGGAUAUGUGAAACUAGCAGACCCGAAGAUGAAUGGGGAGUUUAUGCAAAGAUCGGUAAGAAAAGCAGUGGAGGUGGCAUUGAUGUGUAUGAAUGAUGAUGUUGAAAAUCGACCAGACAUGAGUGAAGUUGUCAAUGCAUUGGAUAUCGUUGCAUAUUUGUCUGAUCCGCAUGUGGUUGGUGAUCAUAAUCAAGAUUCGGGGGAGGAUGAAGAUGACUUGUUUAAACAAGAGAAGGAAGAGAGAGCAAAGGCCAUAGCAGAUGCCAAAAUUUGGGGAGAACAAUAUAGAAAUGAAGAAACAAGGCCAACACGAUGA